GAGAACACACAGCGAAUAUGAUGUAGCCGACACAGUACCUGAAUGCGCCAACAUUCCAGGUGUGGAAGGAGGAAGGAGUUAGGGGAGGAGCGGAGAGAAGGUCCUGUUCAGGAAACGAAACUUAAGGUUCAAAGAAACUAAAGCCACCCGACGUGGAAGCAGUUCUCUCUUUCAGGAGAAAAAUAUCAAUAUUUGGAAGAAUAGUUUGACAGACAUAAACCACAACAAGGAAUGGCCUCUGCCAACACUUCCUGUUUGGAGAACUUCUCAUGUUCCAUCUGUCUGGAUGUGUUCAACAGCCCCGUUACCACCGCAUGUGGACACAACUUCUGCAGAACCUGUAUUACUAACUUCUGGGAUCUACACGUUCAGUACAAAUGUCCGGUUUGCAAUGAGCUUUUUCACACAAGACCUGAUUUACGGGUCAAUAUCCUUUUAUCAGAGACGGUUGAACAGUUAAGAAGCUCUGUUCGAGUAAAAGAGCAGCCAUGUGUUCGACCAGGAGAAGUUCCCUGUGACAUCUGUACCGGGACCCAGCUGAAGGCCGUGAGGUCCUGCCUUGUGUGUCUUAUCUCUUAUUGCCAAACCCACCUGGAGCCACAUCAGAGAGUCGCAGGCCUGAAGAAACAUCGGCUGGUCGAGCCUAUGGACCGCCUGGAAGACAGGAUGUGCAAGAAACACAAUCAACUACUGGAGCUCUUCUGCAGGACUGAACAGGUGUCCGUCUGUCAGUUCUGCACAGAGACAGACCACAAGUCCCAUCCUAUUGUUCCUCUAAAGGAGGAAUAUGAAGUGAAGACAGCACAGCUGGGGAAGAUAGAGGCUAAAGUUCCACGGAUGAUCCAGGAGAGAAAACUAAAGAUUGAGGAGAUCGAAGAGGUAGACAGACAGAUAGCUGAUGUUGGGCAGGUCCUCACUGUUCUGAUAAGCUUUGUUGAAAAGUGGCGGGAUGAUUUCAACAAAACAGGAGAGAAUCGGAAAUCUACAAAGAAACAGGACCUCGUCCAUGAGCUGGAGAGGGAAAUAGAAGAUCUGACCAAUAGAAGCUCAGAGGUGAAGCAGCUCUCACAAACUAAAGACCACCUCAACUUCCUUCAGGCCUUCAGAUCCCUGAAGGAUCCUCCACCCACCAGGGACUGGACGACGGUGGAGGUCUGUCCUCCGUCAUCCAUAGGGACCUUUUGGAGAUCCCUGGAUCAGCUGAAGGUGACACUGAACAUGGACACUGAACAUGUGACUCGGGAUCCUUAUACAGCUCAUCCCGAGAUCAUCCCGUCUGAGGAUGGGAAACAAGAACAUCAUGGAAUAGGUAUGAAACUCUGA